AUGGCGAUAUCCCCGACGGUAUUGCCAUGGGAUCGGUUCUCAAACUGGCUCCAUUGUGCCUGCGUUGUGACUUUUGAUUUGGAAUUGGGUCAGGCGAUGGAGUUAAUGUACCCCAGUCAUAUCAAACUUACAGAAAAAGAGAAAAUGAAUAUUUGUUACCUGUCAUUUCCAGACUCUAAUUCAGGUUGUAUGGGAAAUACUCAGUUUCAUUUUCGGAUACGACAGUGUCCUGGACGGAAACCAAUAGUUAGAAGUCAUAACCAAUAUAAUAGAGAAUGUCCUGUUUCUUUACAAUGUGAAAAUGCGUAUUAUUAUGGUUUUGUAUAUUUCCGUCAAACUAAAGAUAGAUCUAUCAGAAGAGGAUAUUUUCAAAAAUCUCUAGUGUUAAUAAGCAAGUUACCGUUUAUAGCAUUAUUUAAUCAACUAGUCAGUAUUAUAGCCCCUGAAUUCUUUGAGAAUGGGGAACCCAGUUUAGAGGCAGCUUGUCAUGAUAUAGAUCAAUGGCUACCACCAAUACCUGGUGAUACUCUCAACUUACCUUUAAUGGGUAACGUCCUGCAGGUUAAAAUUCCUUGUCGACAAACUGAUAAAUCUAGCUCAAGUUCUGUGAAUGGUGCUAAAUUUUCGCAUACGUUACCUGCACAUACAAUACUGCCUUCUUUAUUUGAAGUUGAUAUUUACAGUUCAUUUCAAAGUAUUCUACCUCAUAUACAGUUGCUAUGGGAACUGGUUCUCCUAGGGGAGCCGAUAGCUGUCAUGGCUGCCUCUCCGACUGUCACCUCCACCACUGUUCAAUCUCUAGUCAAUUUAAUAGCUCCUCUUAGAUACUGUUCAGAUUUCCGGCCAUAUUUUACAAUUCAUGACAGUGAGUUCAAAGAAUAUACCACCAAAGUUCAGGCACCACCACCAAUUAUUCUUGGUGUCACCAAUCCAUUUUUUGCCAAAACUUUACAACACUGGCCUCAUAUUAUAAGAAUAGGAGAAAUGACAGGGGCAGCUAGUUCACCAAAGCCAUUGAAUAAAUUAAAGAAAGCUGCUAGUUUAAAAACAUUAGAUUCCAAACCCGGUGUAUAUACAAGGUAUAAAUCUUACUUAUCAAAAGAUAAAACAAUACUUAAACGCUUGCUGAAGGGUGUUCAAAUCAAAAGACCUGUAGAAGCUCAGAACGCAAUAUUGAGACGCCAUUUUCUAGAAUUAACUCAAAGUUUUAUGAUUCCGUUGGAAAGAUACAUUGGUAGUUUGAUGCCUCUACAGAAAAAUAUAUCUCCACACAAGGGUCCACCUCGAUUAAGACCAUUUGAUCCUGAUGGAUUUUUGAAAACAAUAGAACAUAGUGGUCCACAGUUGACACCUGUAGCUAAAGGAGAUUGGGAAGGCUUAUAUAGACGUUUUUUCCGAAGUCCGAACUUUGAAGGCUGGUACCAUGAAAAACAACGAGAAGCCAAUCAGAAACUACAGACUUUACAUAUGGAGGCUUUAUGUGGUGCUAAUUUAUCAGAUUGGAUUGUGGGUAAAGAAGAGGUAGAAAUAGUAGAUCUGAUUUUAAGAAUUCGAGAAAAACUGGCAUUUGCUACAGCCCAUCAUAUUGUAGUGAGUAAGGAUAGCUUGAUGAAAUUACAGAAUCAUAUGGAUACUAUAGUGUCUUCUCUACCUUCUGACUUGCAAUCUGUGCUCAAAACUUGA